AUGAACGAUGAAGGUGUUGUCUUUUAUGAAAAUAAUCUUAACAUAGUUCAAACAUCGAAAAAAUCAAUAUGGUUCACGAAGGUUCACGUGGUGAUAACUUCUGUGAAAUUAUUUGUUCAACUAACGGCUUCCUUCGUGGUAGCAGGUUACGAUGGAUUGAUACCAAAACAAAAAAGGCUCGUUAAAAAAUUAAAGGAAACAUUUGUUUUUGCCGUUUUUUCAAAAUUUUCAUUUUUUUCACUGACGACGAUACCACAUCAAAGCAUAAAAUUCGAUUUAUUAUAUCAGAGAAUUACAAAACCGAUAAUCAGUUACAAACCGGGCACAAAAUGGUUUCCAAAAAAAAUUUACAAUGGAGAAUCCGUUGGGGAGACAUUAAAUCCAGAAUUAAGCGUUCACAUAGACAUACUUCACGAUCCUUCGCCGAAUCCCAUCGUUGCGGAUGUCAUAUUCAUACACGGCCUUCACGGUUCACUUUACAACACUUGGAAACAAGGGGUUUGGAGUUAUAGGAAACAAGUUCAAAAUCAUCCGCUGAAACACAAGUACAAAUUGAAAAUUAAUUCGGAUCCGAAAAAGGACAAACAUUGUCCGGAUAAAAGGAAUAAAUGUGAAAAAAGGAGGAAAAGUUUUUACAAACAAAAUCACUGCGAUAAUGAAUACGAUCAACUUUUGGAAAACAUAACGGAUUUGUUGAACGGAAUCGACGAUACCCUAAAGGUUGCAGAUCGGGAAAUUGACGAUAAAAUAGAACCUUAUUCGCCAUGUUGGCCCAAAGAUUGGAUACCCAAAGAUUGUCCCGGAGUUCGAGUCAUUGCUGUUAAUUACACAACGGAUCCAUUUUUAUGGAGGCCCGUUUGGGUAGCCAAGAGAAACAGAUCGUGUUUACCGCAAAGAAGUCAAGAAAUGGUAGAUUUACUCAUUAGAGAAGGCGUUGGAAAUAAUCCUAUUGUUUGGGUAGGACAUUCAAAAGGGGGUCUUUACGUGAAGCAAAUGCUAGUUGAUGCAAAGCACAGUGACGACAUUCAACUCAACAGAUUAUUAAAUCAAACCAAAGGUAUAAUGUUUUAUAGCGUGCCUCAUAGGGGAUCCCCACUCGCCAGUUGGAACGUGCCAUUAUUAAGAAAAUCUGUUGAAUUGACCGAAGUUAAAAAAGAUUGUUCAAACGUUUUAGAACUUCAUAAGAAAUUUUUAAAAUUAUUCGAAGAUCAAUGCGUUAAAGCGGAAGUUUUCAGUUUUGUCGAAACCGUAUUAACAUUUAUGUUUGUAACAAACGUGAGAGUCGUUUCCGUGGAUUCAGCAGAUCUUGGUUUUGGAUCUUUUAGAGGAGUUAACAUUGAUCACAGAGAAAUUUGUAAACCUUUGAAUAGGGAUUGUUUCUUGUACAAAGAAUUAAUCAGCCUCAUAAGACGAGUGAUUAAUAAUUUUCCUCCUCGAACUCCUGACGGACUCCUUCAAUGCUAG